AUGUUUUCUUCUGCAAUUUCUCUGAAGCCCUUCCUUCAGUCCCUCGUUAUUGAUCGUUGUACUCUGAGCUCAACUGCUGCAACCAGGUGGGAGUGUUUGGGGUUUAACAAGCCAGAAUAUUUCAGUACCAAGAGAGUGUUGCGUGCUGGGGGGUUCAAGCUGAGUUGCUUGGUUGAUAACAGAGAAAUGGAUGUGGAAUCACCAUCAUCAUCAUCAUCUUUUGUGGACGAUGCUGCCGUGAGCUUAGAAGAGGAUUUAGGGGAGCCAAGUAUUUCUACAAUAGUGAUGAAUUUCGAGAAUAAGUUUGAUCCUUUUGGAGCAAUUAGUCCCCCACUUUACCAAACGGCUACUUUUAAGCAGCCCUCUGCAGUAGAAAACGGUCCCUAUGACUAUACCAGAAGUGGAAAUCCGACGCGGGAUGCUUUAGAAAGUUUACUGGCAGAACUUGAUAAAGCAGAUAGAGCCUUGUGCUUCACCAGCGGAAUGGCUGCUUUGAGUGCUGUUGUUCAUCUUGUUGGAACUGGUGAGGAAAUUGUUGCUGGAGAUGAUGUAUAUGGGGGCUCAGAUAGGUUGCUGUCUCAAGUAGUUCCAAGGACUGGAGUUGUGGUGAAACGGGUAAAUACAAGUGAUCUGGAUGAGGUUGCAUUUGCCAUUGGACCUGCGACGAAGCUUGUGUGGCUGGAGAGUCCAACCAAUCCCCGGCUACAAAUUUCUGAUAUUCGAAAAAUAUCAGAGAUGGCUCAUUCACAUGGUGCUCUUGUGUUAGUGGACAAUAGUAUAAUGUCACCUGUGUUGUCCCGGCCAUUGGAACUUGGAGCAGAUAUUGUCAUGCACUCAGCUACAAAAUUUAUUAGUGGACAUAGUGACAUUAUGGCUGGUGUGCUUGCUGUGAAGGGUGAAGAGUUGGGAAAGGAAUUGUAUUUCUUGCAAAAUGCGGAGGGUUCAGGCUUAGCCCCAUUUGACUGUUGGCUUUGUUUGCGAGGAAUCAAGACAAUGGCCCUGAGAAUUGAAAAGCAACAGGAUAAUGCUCAAAAGAUUGCUGAGUUCCUUGCCUCCCAUGCUCGAGUGAAGAAAGUGAAUUAUGCUGGCUUGCCUGAUCAUCCCGGUCGUGAUUUACACUAUUCUCAGGCAAAGGGUGCAGGAUCUGUGCUUAGCUUCUUGACUGGUUCACUUGCACUUUCAAAGCAUAUCGUUGAAACUACCAAAUACUUCAGCAUAGCCGUCAGCUUUGGAAGUGUGAAGUCUCUUAUCAGCAUGCCAUGCUUUAUGUCACAUGCAAGCAUACCUGCUGAAGUUCGUGAGGCCAGGGGUUUAACUGAAGAUCUUGUACGUAUAUCUGUGGGGAUUGAGGACGAUACAGAGGUACGAGCCUAUAGAACAGAUCCUGUUCAAGUAAGGGGAGAAAGAGGAGGUUCAACUUUUGAGGCAUAUAUGCCCAAAGGAGGUCCAAACAUGGCCAAUGCGUAUCCCCUAGCUUUUCGUAGGAUAAAUGUUUCUCAUUACUCUUCUUUGUUUCUUUGGUGUGCUUCAGCCCACUUUACCUUUACCAUGUGCAUGUCACCAAAAUGUAUGACGAGGUUCAUCCUAAUGACUUUUGUUCUUUUUAUUGUUGCACUUAACAGGAAGUUCCCUCAACAGCAUGUCUUAGAACAGCAGAACACCUUAAACUGCUGUGCUCUUGAUAAUCUUGAGUAG